CAAGCCCAGAACAGUUUGCAACUUUACUGGAAUUCAUGGAAAGGCUCAACCAUCAGUAAGAAACACUCAACCAUCCCCGACCAGAGACUCUACUUGUACGGUCUGUCCACCCCAAAUUUCUACCACAGCCACGGAUGAAAUUAUGUUGGAUUUUAUUCCUUCAUGCUCUAUACAAGCAACAACAUCAGCCUUUACUGCCACCUCAUCACAACAACGUCCACCACCUGUGCUAACGCCGCCGCCCGGCACUACGUCCUCGCCGGUGCCGUCAGCGACGACACCUGCCGCUUCCACGUCACGGUGUGCUCCUCAACGGCAGCGACAUCAGGCAAAUCCGUCGCCUUCAGCGUCUUCCACCUCAACUCCGCGGCGCCGUAGGCUCCUCCGAGCGCGCACACGCCGGGUUCAAACACCCUUUGAACGAGCCACAAGUGAGUUUGUGGCUGUUGAGAAAUGCCGGCUCCAAUUUGAGGCAGACCGUGAAAAAAAUUACCAUCAAAGGGAGUUGGAAAGAUUAAAACUAGAGUCUAAAAGAAUUGAGGUCCAAGAAAAGCAAAACGAAAUUUUAAACAGUUUAGCUAAUACUGUAGUCAAUUUAAUAGAAAUUUUACCACAGUUGAGACCAUCAUCACUGCCUUCAACAGAUAUUAUCCCAUAAAAUAUCAAUGUAGUAAUAAUGAUCUCAGCUGUGGCUUACGUACAUUUUAAAUUGCCUACAGUAUUAGUUUUUUUUUAAGUUUCUGACUCCACAAAGCUAGUAAAUCCUUGGUGCAAAGUAUCCGUUUGUAUAACAAAAUUCUACAGCUAUUUUUAAUUUUGUUGAUUCAUACAUUCAUAUUCGUUUGUAUUUUAAUUAUUUAUUGAUUACUUUAAUUUUGUUGUAGCAUUUAAGAAACCUGAUUUUACCUAAAUGUUCUUUUUUUGU